AUGUCUUCUUCACAGAGCGGCUCGCUUCACAACUUUAUGUUAACCCCGCAGCAACAGAAUCUGCUCUUCGCUGCCCUCAACGCCAAUCGCGCUAAUGCGCCGCCCAAAACGGGCUUGACAAUGUCGCCGAAUUCGUUCACGCAGUCUCCAGCUGUCAACUCGGAUCAGCAGACGAUUCAAGAGAGCCCCUUUCUCGAUUAUGACUUCUCUUUUGACGGUGCGGAUACUUCAUUCGACUCGCUCUUCGAUAACAACAGCACUACCACGGCCAAGAUGAUUGGUGACCUGCCAGGCGCAAACGGAAAGACGGAGUCGAUAGGCUCGAACUCGGAUGGAACAGACACCCCCGAGAAAAGGAGCCAUCCGCAGGAUGAUGACGACGACACGGAGAAAGAUGCGAAGCGUCGCGAAGGUGGCGAGAAGGUGCCUAAGAAACCGGGUCGGAAGCCGCUUACCUCCGAGCCGACCUCGAAGCGCAAGGCGCAAAAUAGAGCUGCUCAACGCGCGUUCAGGGAACGCAAGGAAAAGCAUGUCAAGGACCUGGAACUGAAGGUUGAGGAGCUCGAGGAAAUAUCCAAGGCUGCCAAUGAUGAAAACAGCAAUUUGAAGGCCGAGGUUGCCCGCCUGACUACCGAGCUAAAGGAGUACAAGAAACGUCUGUCCCUGCAGACCACCAGCCGCCCGCAACAAAGACCGCAAAGUUUUGGAAACCCCAUGGUUCAUAACCUUCCCGACGUCAACUUCCACUUCGAAUUUCCCAAGUUUGGAUCUUUGCCGGGCCCUCCUGUGUCCAACAUGGCUGGCGGCACGCCCUCGGCGAGGGGCCUGUCGCAGACUCCGUCCUUCACCAGUAGCCCUAGCCAACAAGGUAGCCCUGAAGACUCCAACAAGGACAAGGCAACGCCAUCAUCCUCAUACUCGAUUGGCCUGGACAGUCAAACCAAAGACGACAUCGCUAAAUUUUCGGGCAUCUUUAGCCCUCCUCUGACCAACACAAAUGUGGCCAAGGCAUCGAGGGGUAGCAUGGACUCCCAGAACGGUCCGGGGCUCUCGAACACCAGCUCCCCUUCAGCAUCUACGGGUUCUCAUCCCGGCCCAAGCUCUUCAUGCGGCACAUCCCCGGAGCCAUUCACGCAGUCUCCCAUGGGCUUCAAGCCGAUAGACACACUGACGACGAUCGGAGAGGAGAACGCGACUUUGCAGUCAACUGAUCAGGGACUCGGUGGCCAAGGUUUAGGCCACUUCUCGACCGCGAACCUCAACGACAUUGACUGGCUUUCCCAGGCAAAUAACUUCCAAUUUGACCCUCAGCUUUUCGGCGAUUACAGAGAGCCACAGCAGAACAUUGUCGGCAACGGUGGUCUCGGCGGUGACUUCUUCAACGACGCGUGGGAUAUGGAUUUUAUUACACCAUUCAAUGUGGCACCUAGCCCUGUAGCUCCUAAAAAGGAUCUCAUUGCACAAAUUGACGCAGCCAAGGAGGAUGACGCGGUUGACGUCAAGGGUGAGCUCUUGACUUGCAACAAAAUUUGGGAACAACUGCAAAACUGCCCCAAGGUGCAGAACGGCGACUUUGAUCUUGACGGUCUUUGCUCCGAGCUUCAGAAAAAGGCCAAAUGCUCUGGAUAUGGUGCUGUCGUGGACCAGAAUGAUUUCCACAGCGCCAUGAAGAAGUAUCUGGGCAAGAAUGCGGAGGAAUGCAGCCAAUCUCCGGUCGCCGCGAAGUCGAGCUAG